AUGUCGGAUCCGAAUGUCGCAGAGGCUGCGCAAACCACUGUGCCGACUGCCACCGCCAGCAAUGUCCCUGACCAUGAGUUGGUCCUCGAACCUGACGAGCAGCAUCACAUGUUCCUUCUUUCUUUCAACGACAAGCUUGGAACUGCUCCACCAAACGAACCAGGAGCCAAGGUCGGGCGUGUUCUUGAUGUUGGCACUGGCACUGGGAUAUGGGCGAUGGAUUUCGGCGACGCGCAUCCCGAGGCAGAUGUGCUUGGCAUUGAUCUUUCAGCCAUCCAACCGGAAUAUACCCCUCCUAACGUGAAGUUCGAGAUCGACGAUCUUGAAGAACCUUGGACCUUCUCCCAGCCAUUCGAUUACAUUCACAGCCGUCUCAUGAACUCGGCCGUUAGCGACUGGAAGGGUUACGUACAAAAGUGCUUCGAAAAUCUGAAGCCUGGUGGAUACUUGGAACUGAUCGAGGUCGAUCCGUUUCUCAACUGCGACGACGGUACCCUGAAGCCUGACCACUCCGUCAUGAAAACUCUCAUGCUUCUCAUGGAGGCCGCACAGAAGCUUGGCGCCGCUUACCAGGACCCAAAAGAGCUGAAGUCUAUGAUGAUCGAAGCUGGCUUUACCGAUGUGAUUAUGCAGCAGCUGAAGUGGCCUACUAACCCUUGGCCGAAGGAAAAGCGGUACAAGGAACUUGGCAUGUGGGGAGCGGAAAAUAUGGACGAGGGGUGGGAAGCAAUCUGCAUGGCACCCCUUACUCGAGCUUUCGGGUGGACUCGCGAGGAGGUUCUGCUCAUGAUGGUGCAAAACCGCAAAGAUUUCCAUGACAAAAACAUUCAUGCCUACAUUUCGAUCUGGGCCAUCCACGGGAAGAAGCCCGAGAAAGAAGCGGCUUGA